AUGAAUUCACCUUCCGCUCAUUAUACAUUGCCUGGUGUAAUGCACUAUUUGCAGACAGAAUAUACUAAGAAUGAAAGGGACAGGAUCAAUUGGGAGUUGGAAAGAUGUGAAAUGAAAUCGAGAAUCGCCCAAUUGGAAGGUGAGAAUAGAGAUUUGAAAUCUGGAUUGGUUAAAUUGCAGAACCAAUUGAAAGAUUCUGGCUGUUCGUCAUCGGGGAACCUAAACGAAAACGAUGAGACCGGAAAAUCCUUGCCGCUAGAAUCAUGGGAGCAAGAGGAAGAACUGUUACAUUCAAAACUAUCGGUGCAAGAAAACAUUAAAGAAAUAGUGUACCUUUUGAAAAGCCCGCCAGUAACAGAUCAGUUGGAAUCAUUGAAUGAUAAAGAUGAUUCGGUGAAAAAAUUAGAAUCCUUGAAUUUGUUUAAUGUCAACAACUCUAGCAUUCUCAAGAAUGGUACUGAUAAUAGAACCGAAGUUAAAAACGAACAUAAAAUAAGUAAUUCGCAAGUUGACGACGGGGAUCUUAUCAUCAAUGAUAAAGAGGCCAAUAGUACCAGCAGUGAUGUCCCAAAUAUCACUCUAAACAGGGAUUGGAAAGAUGUCAUAAAUUCACCCCCAGGAGAUGACGUUUCUGAUGCCGAAACUGUAAUAAACACAAGGCGAUCAAGAUCAUCGUCCUUGUUCUCAACACAAUCCAAUGAGAUGCUCAAAUUCCAUACUUAUCGUUUCUUACAGUAUCAUUUAUCUUCAAUUAGCAAAUUGAAGCUUCUCGGAAACAACAUGCUAUCUUUUGGCUCAGAUGGUUUACUAAAGCACUGGCUCAUUGAACCUAGUUUGAACUCUAAUGAAAAGGCAACCAAGGCGUUUCACUGUGUGCCUAACCUCUUGGGUAUUUUUUGGUUGAAUAAAACAAGGUUUAUGACUGUGGAUGAAACUUCCGUCAAGUUGUGGAACGUAAGCCAGAGCGACCCUGUCAUAUCUUGGGAUGGCCUCAAGGAUUUAGAAGGCUUACAAUCUGUAGAUUUCAAAAAUAAAUGGCUAAUUUUGACUUUCGUUAACGAGAUACGGGUCUGGGAAAUUAAAAUCGAUGACUCCAGUAUCGUUAAGGUUAAUGAAUUCGUCAUUUCAGUCCCCAAUAAGAUUCUCAAUUGUUUGUUGGGAUUAACGGAAAAAUCGCUUAUAAUAUUAAAUGGUAGUUCAAAACAAAACGUAAAGAUUUCUAUCUUCGACUUUCAAGGCUCCCUUUUACAACAAAUCGAUCUUUCUCAUUCGCUGACCCAAUUCCAUCACACAAAUAAUGAAUUAGCAUUGAACAGGUCGACAUCAAAAUUGCUUGUGAGAUUCGAUACAGAAACUCUGAUUUACUCUUUCGAUCAGAAGAAGACCAUUUUAGUGUCUUCUACCGCAGAAUCUGCUAUUUCCUCGAUUUUCCUCAAUGAUUUGGAGUACACUGUCACCGCUUUGAAGGAUGGUUCAAUACUCGUGAAGUCAAUCAAAGAAGAUGGUAAAGUAAUUAGAAAAUACAAUCAUUAUGAACACCCUGAGAAGGUUCCCGCUGAAGUGCAACCAAUUGCCAUUGCAUCCACAGUCAUAGAUGAUACCCCUGUAAUCGUUUCUGGUGGCUAUAACGGUGUGAUACGACUAGAAAAAAUUAUGAGCUUAUGA